CUUUUAUCAGUAUGCGCCGUGCAGGUUGCGCACAUCCCGUAGCGGUUUCGAUAAUGGCGUCUGUCUCCGAGAUGCGCUCGGCUUUGGAAAAAUGAAGCGUAGAAGAGUCUAUUUUCAGUGAUUCACGCGGGGUUUCCAUUUCGCGGACUUUGCCUCUCUAUCCGCGCGGCAGGUUCAGGUUCCGAUCUCAGUCGUGACGCCCAGCCCGAGAUGAUGAAGCUCAAGUCGAACCAAACGCGCACCUAUGAUGGAGACGGGUACAAGAAGCGGGCCGCCUGCCUGUGCUUCAGGAACGAGACCGAGCAGGAGGUGUUAUUGGUGAGCAGCAGCAGACAUCCAGACAAAUGGAUCGUUCCUGGAGGAGGAAUGGAGCCUGAGGAAGAGCCCAGCGUAGCUGCUGCCAGAGAAGUCUGUGAAGAGGCUGGUGUCAAGGGCACUUUAGGAAGACUAGUAGGAAUAUUUGAGAAUCGGGAUAGGAAACACAGAACGUAUGUCUACGUUCUCAUUGUAACCGAAGUUCUGGAAGAUUGGGAGGAUUCAGUAAACAUUGAUGAACGAAGGUCUACAGGUGUGGAACAGCAUGAAGGGAGAAAACGGGAAUGGUUCAAAAUUGACGAUGCCAUAGAAGUAUUGCAGUGUCACAAACCAGUACAGGCCACUUACUUCACGGCUCUACAGGAAGGCUGUCUGAACAGUAACGGGACGCCCCUGGUGGCAACGAUAGGCGAAGACAUGUCGCCCACCUACAGCAUUAAUCAGAGCUCCGUCUCUGAUGUCAGAUAACUAAUACAAAACACAGACACUCCGGAUGCUUCCACCACUCUUGCUCUUACUUUCAUUAUUCUGUUCUUAUUUGCAUUCUUUUUCUUUAAAAAAAGACACAAAAACAACGGUUUGCCAAGGCUUUUUGAAGGUGGCAAAGGCGUCGAGUGUUGGUCGAAUAUUCGAAACGAUGUUUUGUAAAUGUAAUACUUUUGCUUUUCCCUGUUUAAUUCUCCUUUCAUGCGGACUGUUGCAUGAAACCCAUGACCCACGUCCUUUUAGCGGCCCAAGUGUGCGAUUAAACGAAUGCAAGAACUACUUUUUACUGUUGUGAUGUAAAAAUAUACACAUGGUGCGUCAGCAUGUGGCUUUCAGUAUUUUUACACUUUGGAUUUCCUCUGCGUGUGUAUGUGCGAACGAGUGUUUCAUUGCUUCUAUUUCCGUGGUUGUGAGGGGAGCGUUUAGUCGUGUGAAUGGUGGAACUGUGAGAACUUGAUAGUUUUGCAUGAACACUGGUAUUUAUUUGUCUAAUGAGUUUGUGUGAUGAGAUGAAUGUUUAACCUGUACUUCGUGUUAAAUUGUUGCUCUUAACUUAACCAUUUUUUGUCUUGCCAUCUUGUAAAUAACUUAUGGGCCUCCAAAAAACACAUUUAAUUUAUUCUAGUACCUGAUUAGACUGGAGCGUAAUUCUACAAACGCACACUUUUUAAUUCAGAACAUUUUUUCCAAUCGGCUGAUGUUUGAAGGACUUUUCAAUCUAAUAUUGUAAAAUCUACAAUGGAUCCUGUGUGUCAUUUUGUGCCACUAGCAGCACCAAUUAAUUGCAACUGAAUUGUUUGGACAUUAUUUUUGCAGUUCUGUUUGGUGAUGCAGAAAUGAAACACUUCCCCUUUAAGCAAACUGUGAUAUAAUGGCGGUAUGAUUUUGUGCUGUUAUGGUUAUCUGUAGCACUUUUUGAAGUCAGCACGUCAACAAAAUGGACUCGAUUUACAUUUUAAUACACUUGCCUGGUUUCAUCAGUGCACCAUAUUGUGCCGGCACAAUUUGACUGCAAACGCAUACUUUUCAUGAUCCAGUCGCUUCCAGAUUUAUUUUAUUCCUCACCAUAUGGAAGUAAAAUGGGUUGUGCAUACAAUGUUGACUUCAAGAAGUGCCACAGUAGAUUGAAUGGCCAAUGAAAUUGAGUAGCUUGGAAAUCCACACAAGAAGAUACACUUCAAUUUUCAAUGCAAUCUGUUUGAAAAAACUAUCGUAACGUUACCUGGCAAUUUCCAAAAGCUUAACCGCGUGAAAUCAAAAUGGAUUCUUUUUACUUUUUUAAUGUGCUUAAUGUAUUAUUGAGCAUGACUAAUUUCAGUUCAUGUUAUUCCAUGUGGAAAAAGAUGCCAUCAAGAAUGAGCAAUUGAUCUUCGGAAGAAAUUAAGCCAUUUAUCUUUUCUUAUGGAAUAUACUGUUCCGCUCCGAAAUGCAUCACAUUAAGGAAGUAAAACGCUUUUAUGUAGCAGAUGUUUACAUUUUGUUAAUACCGUAACGGCUCUCAAAUGACACCUAAAGAGCUGUUUGAAUGAAGAUGAUUACAUAGUUAAUAUUUUUAGUUUAAUGCACUGUGCGUACAUACAAAACUAGCUCUAGUGCGCACUAGCAGCGUACAUACAGGACACGUUUCGCAUCAUGUUUUUGAGGACACUUUUGACAGAUCUUCAGUAGACCCCUGAAAUUGGUUCAUUUUCCAUUAGUAGAUUUGGCCAUUAAUAUUAUUGUGACAAUUGUUUUCUGGCCUUAAUCUUGGAUAUUGAGAUAUUUUUGGUUGUUUAAACCUCUUUUAGAAGUGACCACAUCUUCAUCUACAACUCUUUAGAUGCUUAACAUUGCAAGAUUUUGAUCAACAUGCACAGAUUGUUUUAGUGUAUAAAAACGUUUAAACAUCCCUUUUUUUGAAAUGCCGCUCUGUAAAGUGCUUGGAAAGCAGCGGUUGGUAAAAUACUGUGAAUCUUGAGCCACUGUAGUUAGAAAGAUGUUUUGGUGUCUUUUCAUUGCUCUUGUACAGAUAAAAGGCAAAACGUCAAAUUCGAGUGCUCGUGAUUGCGACGUAUAGAUAUGGUACACGUUAGGCUGGGAGUUUGAUUUCCUCGAGACUGAACUGCAUCGUUUCGCUCCUCUAGGAGUUUUAAGUGCAUUUAUGAUGCAAGGUCCUUAUUAAGUACAUUUCUGAUUCAAGAUUUCAUCUUUGCGUUGUUAGUCUGACUGCAAAGUGAGUAAUGAACAUACGUUUCUCAGUGAUUUACGUUUACAUGCCUUUGAUUGAUCGAUAUCUAUCAACACUAAUGUCAUAGAUUUUGCAGCUGAUUGCAAGUCUUUCUCUUUCACUUUUAGUGUAGCAUGUAUUACUUAAUCUGGACUGUUUUUUGAUUGAUAUGUGAUGACGGCCAUAAUAAUGUACCCCUCAAUGGCACAACAGCAUAUAAAAGAACAACUUCUGCAUUGAGCGGAAGUGGUCCGAACCACCUUUAACCAACAUCAGUGCUGUAAAUGACCUUCUCUGAGCACGCUCAUACUACAAAACAAGGAUGUGAGAUCUUAACUGCUGCAUUUGAAGUACAAAACCAUGUGAAAUACUCAUAUCCUUUGACAAAAAUCUCACGGAAAGCACCUUAAAUUUGCCCUGCUUGUGACUCUGAAUGUAAACUUUAGUAGAUUGCAUUUUAUUUGGCCACAUGAAUAAAAGAGUUCGCCCUGGUAUACGUGAUGUAAUUGGUUCAAAUGGGAUGUUGUAAUUAUGACUGAAAUCUCCCAACGCUUCAAAACAAAAGCUGUGACCGUUUUUAGUUCCACAGCUGUACGCUUCACUGGAAUAUUUUGCUUUUUCAUUUUGGGAUUGUGAAAUCAACCAGUAUGAGAAUGUAAUAUAAAUGUGCCAACUAAUAAACACCAGUAUUUCACCUCAA